CCGGGGCGGGCAGGGAUGGCAGGGACAGCCGGAACAGCCCCUGCUCCCGGGGCGGGCAGGGACAGCCGGGACAGCCGGGACAGCCCCCGCUCCCGGGGCGGGCAGGCGCGGGGCGGGCGCACCCCGGCGCAUGCGCGCUGCGCGUCUCCUUGGCGCUGCGCGGAGGAGGGCGAGCCCGGGCCUCAAGGAGAGGGUUCGGGACAAGGAGAAGCAGCAGGAGCGGGGAUCGGCGCUCCCGCCGCCGCCGCCAUGCUCCUGUGCGCUGCCCUGCGCGCCGCGGCCGAACGCUCGGUAAGACAGAUCCGAUACUUGCAUGGAACAGCAGAGCGCAAUGCCACUGGAGCCUUAUUUGUGCAUAGAGAUAGUCCUGAAAACAAUCCAGAUACUCCAUUUGAGUUCACACCUGAAAACCUAAAGCGAAUAGAAGCGAUCAUAAACAACUACCCAGAGGGACACAAGUCUGCAGCUGUCAUGGCAGUACUGGAUUUGGCCCAAAGACAGCAUGGAUGGCUGCCCAUAUCAGCUAUGAACAAGGUUGCUGAAGUUUUAGAAAUGCCUCCCAUGAGAGUCUAUGAAGUAGCAACCUUCUACACCAUGUACAAUCGCAAACCUGUUGGGAAAUACCACAUCCAGGUCUGCACCACCACACCGUGCAUGCUGCGAGACUCUGACAGCAUUUUAGAAGCCAUUAAGAAGAAACUUGGUAUUAAAGUUGGGGAAACAACACCUGAUAAACUCUUCACGCUGAUAGAAGUGGAAUGUUUAGGUGCUUGUGUAAAUGCACCCAUGGUACAAAUAAAUGACAAUUACUAUGAAGAUUUGACACCCAAAGAUAUUGAAGACAUAAUUGAUGAGCUAAAGGCUGGCAAAGUUCCUAAACCAGGCCCAAGGAGUGGACGUUUUUCUUGUGAGCCAGCUGGUGGCCUUACUUCCCUGACUGAACCACCAAAAGGACCAGGUUUUGGAGUUCGAGAUGACCUCUAAGGAUUUUUGUAAUAUAAGAUGAUCUGUCUGAAAAGAAUAAAGUAUCUUCAAUCUCAGUACAA